AUGACCGACAGGCCAGCCAGCCUCGAUACGCUUCCUCAUCAUCUCAUCAAUGCGAUAGCCGCGUAUACUGGCGAUGUCAAGGGGGUAUGGCGCAUGAUGAAGGUGUGCAGAGCGGUCAGGCUGGGGGCGGAGCCAGCCUUGAAGCCGUACUUCGAGAAGAGGAGGAUCGUGGGUACUCCCAUCUUGACAGAAGACAUCUUCGAGCCCAUACACCCAAAAUUCGCCAAGAGGGACUCGAAGCGCGACCUCCUAAUCUCCAAGCGGUCCAAGCGGUUCGACGACCUCCUUGCCGCUCAUCCCUCCGCCGCUACCUCGGUCAAGCACUUUACGGUCGAGAUGGACGACUACAAGUCGUCCGUCGGCUACGCCCAUAUCCAGCGCUUCGCUCCGCACCUCGUCGAGCUCGUCAUUCACAUGCGGGACUGCCACUGGACGAACUCGCUCGAGUACGAAGAGUUCGGCGAUGACGCCCGGUCGGCCAUCAUUGAAAACUCUAUGAUGACCCCUCAGGUCUGGAACGAUGUCCUGAAGGGCUUGACCUUUCCCCAUCUCACCCACCUCACGAUCAUCACCACAUCCCGGGGCGGCGAGCAUGCGGCCUAUAUCCUUCCUCAUCUCCCGAAUCUAACCACCCUCGUACUCUCCUCGGGGCGUCUACGAAAUGGGUCAGGACGAGACCAUCGCCGGGGACCUACCCAGUUCUUGGCGAAAACGCGGAUAGUAGGGCAGAACCCCAUCGUCUCCGCCAGAAACCCGUACUGCCCAAUCGAGUUCCUUACCAAGCCGCGAGACGACUACGAGCUCCGGAUGCGGUAUGCGAGCUUCGACACGCUUCUCGGCACUCAUCCUGGCAUCGGCUCCUACGUUCGGCACCUCACCGUCGAGGUGGACGCAAGCAAGCUGUCUGGCGGGUGGUAUCUAGUCCAACGCCUGGCUCCUCGCCUGACCCAGGUGUCCUUCCACAUCAUCACCAACCCUCGGGAGGCAGAUCUGGACACCGAGACGCAUCGAUGGCACGAGGACAGUCAUCGGGACGGGGACAUUUGGGACCGGCUGUUCCGGCUCACCGUGAUCGGCAGCAGCUACAUGGUCGAAGGUAUCGCUACCAAAAUCCUCCCGCACUCACCGAAGCUCCAAUCCCUCAUUGUCUCAGCCCAUGAGCACUGCAAUUUCCCGGCAUGUAACGCCGUUCACCUCCUUCGGCACCUCACCGCAGGCAAACAGCGACUAAAGUUCUUGGCUCUAUACGGUACGGCGGCUAGGGGCUUCUCCCCCAUUCUGAUGGCGUUGAGAUCUCUUUCCAACUAUGGUGAUGGCUUCGACUAUCUCGAGCGUCUAGUCGUGGAGCGGUCGUGGGAAACGCCGCCUAUCGGUGCGCGCGAUGGUGCAGCGACAUAUCAUCUGCUGAACGACGGUCUUACUCCGGUCGUCCCCUCUCUGCGGCAUAUCACCUGGGUAUACCGCGCCCAUAUCCCAGCCUCUCGCCCAAACCCCCUCGACCUCCCUCGACCUCAUAAGCGCCCUUCCCCCGCUAUAUACGACUCUGACCGGACGUACGACCUCUUCGAUCGAUAUCCCAAACUCGAAGAGGCGCGAUGGCUCGCUCAAUACAUUCCCGGUCGACUGGGCGACCGAGAACGUCCGAUGCUGCGUCCGGCGACCGGCUCCGGGGCAGCUGCUCAAGCCGCACAACCCCGUCUGAGGGAGCUGGUCGACCUGGCGGACUUACAUCGGCGCCCCGCUCCAUUACCCAAAUACGGCGCGACACAGGCCGAAUCGCCGGAGGCUGAGUCUGCGGAACUUCAUCAGCCGCCGAAAAAUCUCGCUGCUACCCCACGGCGUGUGCCAGAACAUCCUGCGAUGGUCGCUAGGGCGGUGCGUCGGGUCAAAUCACGCAACGAUCUCGCCGUGAUACAGCUCUGUCUCAGUAUAAAGCAUCAUUUAGAUAUCUAUGAUGUCUUAGCUAGGGGGUGCAUUUACACUUUCUCGCAGGCUGAGACGCGUCAAGCUCACAUUGAGCUCACACCAUCAAUCGCACUCUGUUCAUCCACUGUGCAUGUCAGGACACCUCAGCAAACAACCCCUACCGUCUCUAUGCCAGUGUCCGCGAUGGCGGCCAAACUCGACCAGCUGCCCGCGCAUGUUCUGCGGAGGAUCGCUGAGCUGAGCGAAGCGCGGACCAUUGCUCGGCUCAUGGCGACGUGCCGAGCGAUCAGAGCCGCCAGUGAGAUUGCGCUAAAGCCUUAUUUGGAGGAGAGGGAGGUGUUCGCAUUUCGAGAUUCUCUUGUACCAGAUAUCGAUGGGAUGGUAUUCGACAAGGGUCACGUCAAGAAGGACAAAGCUCGGCGGGCGGAACUCCGGGAAGACUACGGACCGACAUCUCCGUCACUUCGACCAUUAUCCCCCUGCUCAGAAUUUACUCCGGAAGCUGGCGGUAGAGGUGAGGGACGAGGACCCCCUUUCGGGCUGGCCUCUCCUCGUGCGCUUCGCGCCACAGCUCGUCGAAACAAUUACGAGGAAGACGCGGAAUACAAGGUCGUCCAACAGUGCGCCAAAACACCCAUGAUCUGGCGCACUAUCCGCCCGGCUCGGUUCACCAAGCUUACCAAGCUCACGCUGGCGACCACGGCGCGGCCGGCGGAACACCUCGGAAACAUCCUUCCCUUCGUACCGGCGCUCAAAGAGCUUGUACUCAGCUGUCACUGGAACGAGUACGGCCGGGACCUCUCGUGCCCAGACUUCUCCGAGCAGAUGCCAACUCAGAUCGAGCGCAUAACGCUCACGGGUAGCGCCCGGAUGGCCCUAGAUGUCGCGGAAUUCCUCCUUCCCAACUGCCCCGAACUCCUCCACCUCAUCAUCCGCCCGCCCGGCUACUUCCAGGAAUUCUCCCAGCGAGUGCCUAGGAGUAUGGAGAUGCUGCAGCGGGAAGGACUUCAGGAUUAUCGGGGACUCCUUAAGGGCCUGUCGACGUUGAUUUUGGAGGAGCAGUCGAAACUGGAUGAUUUGGCGGAUUGUAUCUUCCCAAUCAUGAUCAAUAAACCUGCCGAACGCCCUGCACUUCCCGGUCUGGAGCGCCUCAUCUACGUCGAUCGCGGUCGGGACCAAUACUCCCUCAUUGGCGGCGACACCCCAAAGACGGUCGACCUCAAUACUACCAGCGCCGUAUCCGCCAUGUUCACCAAGUACCCGUCGCUCCAGGAGAUACAGCUGGUUUCGGCGUUCCCUCCCAUCGAUACACCUCCCACUCCGAGCUGGAUCAAGCAACAUCUCAAACUAAAGGUGGACCGAGCGGGGAAUAGGACGAAGACGUCCGAGGGGACGAAGAUGGCGGAGCUGAUGGAGGCUGGUCGGGCAGAAAUGCAAGGAGAGCAGGGUAUAGUCUAUCUGCCAGUGCCGACAGGGGGUGCGGUGCUGCCGCUUGAGCACUUGUCAUUUGCACCACCGCGCCCACGCGUGGUCUUCACGCGCCGGAUUUUGCGAUUGACUUCGCCUCGCUCCACCCCGGUCCACCGUCUUACGGCCAAGAAACUGGCUCAGACAGAAUCUGCAGGAUAUACAAGAGCCGCCUCUUUAUCAUCCUCCUGCAACCUCGACACCUCAUCUCCCUUCUGCAUUGUGGCGCCUAUCUCUGCCAAGGGAGACACCGUCGAGCGCGGCCGAUCUCUCGACCAGUGCCCCGCGCAUAUCAUCCAGGCGAUAGCCGCAUUCACCGAGGACGAGCGAACGAUAUGGAGUCUCAUGAAGACCUCACGGACGGUACGGCGGGCGGCAGAGGGGGCGUUGAAGCCGCACCUGGCGGAGAGGAUGGUCACGGCUAGGCCGCCCUUCGUGACGGACAUUUUUCGUCCUAUCGACGAUCUCUUCGCUCGAGACAGCCCCGCGCGGUACAGGUCGCUUGAUGCCGCUAGGAUGCGCUUUGAGGACUAUCUCGAUGCUUAUCCCCCUGCAUCCCGUGCGCUCAAGCGGUUGACAUAUGAGUUCAACGACCAAAGCGGUCGCUGGGGAUUCUCACACCUCAAGCGAUUCGCGCAUCAGCUGGAAAAGCUAGAGGUGCAGGUGUAUGAGUCGGAAUGGCGGCGGAGUGUCCUGGAUGGGCUGGAGGAUGAUGAAUACCGGGAGACGGCGGAGGAGGAAGAGCAGGACGGGGACGACCGGGACACUGGGAUCGAUUCCGACUCCGCCGACGUAUGGCAUGCCUUCGGUAACACCCUCAAGGACAGCGGACGGGCGUUCAACAACCUCACUCACUUCCGCAUGUUCUCUACGGCAAACGUCCUGGAGCACUUUCUCGCCCUCGGUCGUCUCAUGCCGGCGCUACGGUCGUUGACACUCGCAUCCCACAUGAACGUGUCGUACCAGGUCCCCUGCUUCGACAGUGACGACCUCGUCUUCGCCCAUCUCCACCAUCUCACCUUGACCGGAGACGGUCGGAUGCUGGAGAAAUCGCUCGCCGCCAUCCUCCCCGCCUCCCCCUCCCUUCGCCUCCUCACUGUUGAUACUACCGAUCAUCUGUCAAACGGUCAUCCUCCAUGCAAUCACAGCCAAAUCUUCCAACUCCUUGCAAAACAUAAGGGCUUGACUGGACUCGUGCUGUCCGGCACACUGGCGUUGCGGUUGCGGACAAUCUGGAUGCUCCAGCAACAGAAUCCUCAGGAGGCGUACUUUGAGGGUCUUACCGACCUGAUCGUCACUCAUAGGGAUGCAGCGCAACAUGAGGUCUUCAUCAGAAGCCGUGUCGCCGACUUUGUGGUACCCGGGUUACCAGCGUCGAGAUUCAAGCUCCCCCGUCUCACUCAUCUAUCCUUCUUACGCGCUGAGCCCAGCUCCACACUACAUUCCGCUCAGACGGUCGAUCACCUUGGCGGAAUCGGCAUCGAUAGUAUACACGAUGGCACCCUUCUGAAAACACACCGUCCUGUAGCGUCCCUGCCCGACCUAUUCCUCUCCUACCCCUCCCUUCAGCGAGUCGAAUGGGCAGUCACCCGCACCGACGACUACUUCACUGUCACAGACACCUUGACCACCAUCUCUGGCGCUGUACGCGUCACUCGGUCUUCCCUCUCGCUCUGA